UUUUUUGGAAAUUCGCUAUUUCAUGAAUUAUUGUGUGGGAUAAAAUCACACACAUUCGAGUGCAACAACCAGUUAAAUCCGAUAAAUAAAGAUCGUCACCAUACGGAUCAAACGCGUAUCUCGUCACAGCCUAUACGGUCCAUACAACUCGUUCUAUCCGGAUCAUGCAACCUGCAGGUAGAUCGCUUAUGGCGUUCCGCGUAGCGUUGGCUACGUUGUUACUCGCGAACGUCGCAUACACGUCGAAAAAACAAAAGCGUCAGUUAUUCCAUGAAAACUUGUUGCCAUACUUUGGAGGUAAAAUACCUGAAUCUGCGUUCCAAGCAGACCGCUUGGCAUUAAAUAUGUUGAACAAAGAAGGAAUAUCUGUACCCGAUGGUAUUCUGUUUGAAGCUCGACCAAAAGAAUCGUUUCACCAAAGUCCGCGGAACGAUCCAGAACUAUCCAACUCAAUACUCAAAAUGAUCCACACGCCAGACACCAGGUUUAUUCCUUCGGAAGGAAAGUAUGAUGGUAAUAACGAAGUGGAGACAACAUAUAAAAUCUCAAUACCCACGUAUAUGCAAAAUUACCAACUACCGAAGUUUAGACCAAUUACAGAAACGCUUCAACUACCAGUCCGACAGAUAUUCGAGAGCGGAUUGUCAAUCACUAACUUUAGGGGACAACUAGGAGUUCCCUUCAACACUAUACCAAAGGGUUGGAAAUCAUUUGAUGCCCGCAGGCCAAGCUCGUUAAAUAUUCCUAGUAAAAUAAUGGAUUUUCGGCAGAAUGAAAACAUCCUACCUAUGACAAAUUUUGUAUGUGGUAGACCUGGGAGAAUAUAUCCAGAUCCAGAAACUCAGUGUCAGGCUUUUCACUUAUGUCAUUAUAAUGGAUACAAAGAAACAUUUGUUUGUCCACAAGGAACUAGAUAUGAUCCAUCAGUACAGGAAUGUAGAUUUUGGUACACGACUCACUGUUUAGACACGCGUAGACCAUUUGAUUAG